AUGCCCAUCUGCAGAAGCUCAAGAGGAGCGUCCAUGAAGCUGCGCUUCGAAAUGCAGCCACCCAGACAGAUCAAGCAGUUCCUGAAGCAGGGUGGCCAGCUGCAGUGCUGCCUCAACCAGGCCCAGCAGCAGCUGCAGCAGGCAGAGGCCAGGAUCAAAACCAUGGGGGAUGACAUGGCGCAGCUCAAGGAGCAGAGCCGGGAGCAGGGAGAGCGGCUGGAGGCAACUUGCCGGGCAGAGAAUGCAGCGCUGCAGGAGCGCUUGGACGACCUGCAAGCCCAGUUGAACUGUGCCGUGGCCGCCAAUUCGUCCCUGAGUCUUGGCAUCACGCGGAAAGAGGACGAGAUCAAGCACCUGAAAGAAGUGCUCAAUCGCACAGCCACCCUGCCAGUAAUCCCCCAGGCAACGUAUGACUCCCAGGAGUGGCAGCGGCUGGCCUCGGGCGGCUGGGGCGCAGUGUACAAGGCUAACCUGCCGGUGGCGCUGAAAGUGCCCAUCUCCAGCAGCCCCCAGUACCAGGAGGCCAUCAACAUGGAGGCCCUCAUCAUGCUCCUAUUCAGCCACCCCAACAUCGUUCGCCCGCUCGCCAUGGUCGACUGCGGCGACGGCGUCCGGGGCAUGCUCAUGGAGCACUUUGAGCUCGGCAGCCUCGCCGACCGCUACAGGCCGUACGGGGGCACGCUGCCGCUGCAAAUUCAACUGCGGAUACUUCUGCAGAUCAUCGGCGCGGUGGGGGAGAUGCACGAACAGGGCAUCUUCCAUGGCGACCUGAAGCCCGAGAACGUACUCGUGCGCGCGAACGGAUCCGUGGCCGUCACUGACUUCGGCCUCGCCAUCCGCGGCGACGCGCCUCUGCUGGCCUACAAGGGCUCGAUCGGCUCUACGGCGCCCGAGGUGAUCGACCCGGCACAGCGGACGACGGCGCGCCGCGUCGACUUGUAUGCAAUUUGCGCCAUCGCUUACACUCUCUUCACCGGACAGCACUGCUUGAACCUCCUUCGCGAGCAGUACAACGCGCUGCCCAGGAGCGAGGUGGCGCGUGUCGACAAGGCGCUGGCCGAUGCUGGCCUGGCCGCUGACUGCGUCCACCGCCACCUGUGCAUGGCGCAGUACAUCGGCGCCAUCCAGGGCGUCAACAAGGUGCAGUUCCCCCGUCAGCUGCCAGAGUGCGCGCAGCCCUACCUCCAUUUCCUGAAGACCGCCAUGUUCUGGGCCAAGGACAGGAGCUCCGGGGUCGAGUUCAGCCUGCAGGAGAUCCGUGACAGCGUGCAGAGCUGCUUGAUUGAGCUCGAGGAGGCCGGCGAGGAGGCCUCUAUCCCAGCUGCCACGAUCGCUGCCCAGCCCUCUGUUCCGGCAGCGGCUGCCGCCACCCGCGCUCACCAGGCGAGGCCGCAACCACGCCGCCCUGUGCACAGCUCUCCAGUGAGCUUCCCUGGGUUCCUGGUACCGGGCGCCCUUUCUAGCAGCACGCCGUGA